GCUUAACCAAGUCAGUGAGGAGCAGCGGGCUGUUUAAGACGCACAAGUUUAAAAACAAAACAACACACACAACGAAAAAAACAAAAAACAACAAGAAACAGCGGGCUGUGUUCAUCGAGUGCUGGAUAAUGUCUGACUGGAUACCACCAUUUGGCACACUGACGACUUAGGUCUGAAGUACAAGCAGCUUUAAAGAAACUCGAGUGACGCGGGAGGAAGAAGCUGUCAUUUCUAGUAAUGGAAGAAAUGCACCAGCCUGACAGAUACACCAUGAAGAAAAAGUCGGUGAACAUUAAAGAGGAGGACUGUGAAUGGGAAUCUGUUUUCCAUAAUCAGGAGAGUCUUUGCAUUAAGGAGGAAACUUGUGACUGGUUGCCAGGUGAUAUUAAAGAAGACUCGGAAGAAGUGUCUGCCGGCAUUGAAAUUCCGAAACGUGAAACAGUAGGUGGCAUUAAGGAGGACUAUCUUCAUCCGCAGUCUGUCUUUCAGUACGCUUUUUACAAUGGCGCCAUAACGGGAUUACUUUCCUCUCAGAGCGAACCCUGUUCUUUUGAAGAGUGUUCUGUGAAAUCUGAAUCCUUAACAUCUAACACAAGGAGGACCGAGGAGUUAUCUUGGAAAAGAAUGGAAGUUCAACCAUCGUCUGAAGAAAAGUUUCAAGAUGAUGGCAGCUUCCCUCCAUCUUCAUUUGUUCAGACUUCUUGUCAGGACACACCACAACUUACAGUACAUGUUGAAACCGUGAGGAGUGGCUCAGAGACUUUGUUGCCAGACUCUGUACAGUAUAACUCUCAAUCCAUUGAGGAAGAUGGUCCCAACAAUCAGCAGGUUGACAAGACCAAUUCGGUGGCAUUGUAUGUCUGCCAAGAAUGUGGGAAAAGGUUUAAGAAUAAAUCUAGUUAUAAAGAUCAUCACUGGAAUCAUGUGAAAGAGAAGCCAUAUUACUGCUCGGAGUGUGGAAAACAGUUCUGCCGCAGUAGCAGUCUUCGGCUACACACAAGAGUUCACUCUGGAGAGAAACCCUAUUGCUGUGCAGAAUGUGGCAAGCGAUUCUCUAACAGUAGCCAUCUUCAGAGACACAAUAGAAUCCACACGGGUGAGAGGCCCUAUUGCUGUUCAGAAUGUGGCAAACGCUUCUCCAGCAGCAGCAAUCUUCAGGCACACUCAAGAAUUCACACUGGGGAGAAACCAUACUGCUGUCCUGAAUGUGGCAAACAAUUCUCCACUUUCCGUCAUCUUCAGACCCACACAAGAAUUCACACAGGAGAGAAGCCGUACUGCUGUCUGGAAUGUUCCAAACGAUUCUCUGAUCACACCAGCCUUCGGAGACACACCAGAAUUCACACUGGAGAGAAACCGUACGGCUGUUCUGAAUGUGGCAAACAGUUCUACCAGCUGAGCCAUCUUCAGACUCACUCGAGAGUUCACACAGGAGAGAAGCCACAUUGCUGUCCUGAUUGUGGCAAACAGUUCUCCAAGCGCCGCAGCCUUGAAGCACAUGGAAGAACUCACAGUGGAGAGAAGGAUCUGGAACUUUACCUGAAGUAUGAUCUCUAUAUGUUGGAUGAUUAUGCCAAUGUUCUAAUUAGUCUUGUUUCCAUUCUUUUAGAUGUUGCAAGAAGGAGAGGAUUAGCGAUUAGCACAAAGAACUGUACAAUUUAUCAGGUCAACGGUUUGAUGGAUACCAUGGAGAAAAGAAUUGCGAGCAUCAAACAAGAGGAAUGUCAGUGGGAAUCGGACUCCUUUACAGAAGACUUUGCCCUGAAAUCUGUUAGCACUGAUAUACAGAAAGUGGAAAUUAUAAACUGGGUUAAGGAAGAAGAGCUUAAAUCGGAGUCGGCCUUUCAUUAUACGUCUUCAGAUGAAGAGGUGAGUGGAUUAAACUCCACUCCGCCUGGACUGGGCUGCCUACAGGGUCAUUCUGUUCAUGUGAAGUUGGAAUUGGAGGCUGGUGAGAAAGUGACUAAGAGAGAUGAAUGCUGUUCUGGUGAAGAUUUACAAGACGGCAACAGCUUGGCCACUUCAUUUUUCCAGACCUCGCCCAAGUACAGAACACCACAAAAAGAGCAAGAUGAGAAUGUGAAGAAACAGACAUCCAGAUUGGAGGGUUUAAUAAUGACUUGUUUGCCAAAUACGUCUCUGCCUGCUGAGAAUAUAACAAAGACAGAUGCUGCAAGUGCUCCUCAACAAGUGCAGAAUAAAAGCCCUGUAGCUGCAAAUGCCCGCCAAGAGUGCAAGGAUAGUUCUACUGGUAAAGAUCAUUCAUGUGUUCACCCCUUUUGCUGUUCUGAAUGUGGCGAGCGAUUUUCCAGCAAUGGCACCUUUCGUCUACACAUGAGGCUGCACAGUGGCAGGAAACUAUAUGACUGCUCUGAAUGCAGCAAACAAUUCCUAUACAAAACAACUCUUAAGAAGCACCAAAGAAUUCACACUGGAGAAAAGCCGUAUUCUUGUCCAGAAUGUGGUGCCCGAUUCUUGUACAGUAGCACCCUUCAGGUACACAUGAGAAUCCACAGUGGAGAGCAGCCUCAUUGCUGUUCUGAAUGUGGUAAAGCAUGCUCCAGCAAUAGCACUCUUCAGAUCCACUUAAGAAUUCACACUGGAGAGAAGCCAUACAUCUGUCCCGACUGUGGCAAACGAUUCUCCCAGCGUGGCAGUCUUCAGACCCACAGAAGAAUUCACACUGGAGAGAAACCGUACUCCUGUUCAGACUGUGGGAAACGAUUCUCUGAUCACAGCUGUCUUCACAACCACACCAGAAUUCACACCGGUGAGAAGCCACAUUUCUGUUUGGAAUGUGGCAAGCGAUUCUCCCGCAACAGUACUCUUCAGGACCACAUGAAAGUUCACACUGGGGAGAAACCUCAUUGCUGUUCUGAAUGUGGAAAACGUUUCGCAUACAGCCAGGCUCUUCAGAAGCACAGGCGGUUUCACACUGGAGAAAAACCUCACGGCUGUCUUGAAUGUGGCAUGCAGUUUUCCGAAGUAAGCCUUCUUCAGAGACAUGCAAGAAUUCACACUGGCGAGAAGCCUUAUGGCUGCGCUGAAUGUGGAAAACGAUUCUCCCGUAGUGGCCAUCUUCAGGAGCACUCCAGAAUUCACACUGGAGAGAAACCGUAUACCUGUUCCGAAUGUGGCAGACAAUUCUCCAAUCAUAGCAAUUUUAAGAAUCACAAAAGAAUUCACACUGGAGAGAAGCCAUAUUGCUGUCCCGAAUGUGGCAUGCAAUUCUCCUGCAGCUAUCGUCUUCUGGAACAUAAAAGAAUUCACACUGGGGAGAAGCCAUAUUGCUGUGCUGAAUGCAGCAAACAGUUCUCCAGUCAUCGUAGCCUUAAUAAACAUGCCCGCUCUCAUUCCACUGUGAAGCCAUAUAGCUGCUUAGAAUGUGGCAAACAAUUUGCUCUCAGCAGCCUCCUCAAGAGUCACUCAAGAAUUCACACCGGAGAGAAGCCACACUGCUGUUCUGAAUGCGGCAAACAAUUUUCUGAUAGCAGCACCCUUCGCACUCACAUAAGAAUUCACACUGGAGAGAAGCCAUAUAGUUGUCCUGAGUGUGGCAAGCAGUUCUCGCAAAUAAGUCACCUUCAGUGCCACAAAAGAAGUCACACUGGUGAUAAGCCAUAUUGCUGUUCGGACUGUGGCAAGAGAUUCUCCCGUAGCAGCAAUCUUCAGAAGCACUCAAGAAUGCACACGCAUUCACUUCCAUCCUGAAUGUGGAAAUCAAUUCGGCGGUCAUUUUAAUAAAAUGCCAAUAGCAAGAUUGGACUCUGGCACCAAAGCUGUAUUUCUGUUUGGUGUGCAGCAAAGAAAUCUAGCAUUAAAGAUUACUCUUCAAAGCUACAGAUGUACAGCUAGAAGAGGAGGAAUACUAGCCCAGGCGACUACUCCAAUCUUGAGGAACAGCUUUUCAUGAUGCACUGAAGUGAAUGUCCUGUUCCAGAGAGCAAUGGUCCAAAAAUACUUUUUUUUUUAUCAAUUUAUUUUUUCCACUUUUUUGGUGCCUUUCUUUAGGCAUACAUGAAAUCAACUUAAUGUGCUUUGCAAGUUGAAUUCUAAAAGUGCAACUUGAUAAGACAGAAUGAUUUAAAUAGUAAUAUUUUUCAUAAAACAAAAUGUCCCCAUCAGGAAUAAAAAGUUCUUUUUCAAAGAGGACAUUAUUAAAAAUAUAAAUGAGAGUAGAUACGAAAAUACAGAGCAAAAGAGUAAUGAAAUGUGAGCAGAGUUAGCUUGGGCUGUUUUGUCCUUUGUUUAUCUGGCUAAUCCACAUUUUAUGUUAAGCUCUGCUUGUUGGUUUGUGUCCACAUUCCAGUUUCAGGCAGUAUGAUCCUUUCUUCUCCCUUCAUUUCUUAAUUUGCUUUUGCUCUUAUUAAAGCGUUGUAGUGACAAACUGA